AACAUAGAGCAGCUCAUAGAAACAAAUAUAAAAGAUAUUGGAGGAAACCAAGAAAAAUUUCUGACUAAAGAAAGGUUAAAAAGGUUGAUUGAAAAAUAUGAUAGAUGCAUGAAAGAUUUGCAGUUUGCUAUUACUGUUGUCAAUGAACAUGAUUUAAAAAAAGAAGCCCAAAAGAUUGAAGAAUCUCUAAAUGAAGUCGAAGAAAUUCUCAUAAAAGUUGAUAUUGGAGUCGAUAAUUCCAAUCAAAAACUUGAGGCCAUAGUUCAAAGUGUAGCCAUUAUGCAAUCCAUAUUAAAUGAUCAAUCAAGUA